AAACCACAUGCUUAUAGGGGGGUCCAUGAUCCCGUUGUAACGUUUAAUUUGAUCCUUCUUCGCGUGGAAACAGAGCUGGAGCAGACACCCUCAGCUCUGCAGGCGGACGUGUUGUAAUUUAUGUAUUUGUCGGAGCGACGCUAACUCACCCGGUACCGGAACCAGCGGAACACCCUCGUCCUCCUCCCUCGGAGUUCUGAAGGUCCGGAAUCAUGAUGCAACUUUUACCGGCCGGCCUUUGACCGCGCAGCGCUUCCGCCUCUCGUCGGAGGACAAUUUGUUACUUUUUGUUCUAUAACGGCUAAAUUAGUGACAUGAACUCCGCUCGGCGCUGUUCGUCUUUAUUCGGUCAAAUGUGUGUUUCCGGAGCUCGGUACUGUCACGGAGGAGGAGGGGGGGUUGGAGGGACCGGUAUCCCGCUGAAGGCGGCACGAGCCACCAGCACCAAGGCUGGUACAGCACCAGUUUGUCCAAUGGGUGGCAGCAGCAGCAGCAAGUUGUUUGGUACCAUGGCCCAGACCCUUAACAGUGAUCCCCUGGCCCAGCCUGACCCAUACCUAAAGGAGAACCCAGACCAGGAUGAGGACCAGCACCUAGCUGAGGUGGAUCCAAAUCUGCUGCUCAGAGAGUGUGAGAAGGUUCUGCAGAAACGUCCAGCCCGGCCCCACAGGGUUCUGGUCCAACCCAGCAGCACGGCGCGCUGCAGCCAUAAGCACAACCCAUCUAUACGGGUGAUGCAGUGGAACAUCCUGGCUCAGGCUCUUGGUGAGGGGAAGGACCGGUUUAUCUGCUGUCCUCUAGAAGCUCUCAACUGGAAUGAGCGGAAGUACCUGAUCCUGGAGGAAAUCCUGACCUACCGUCCUGACAUCCUCUGUCUGCAGGAAGUGGACCACUAUUAUGACACGUUCCAGCCCAUCAUGGCGAGCUUAGGUUACUGUGGCAGCUUCCUGGCCAAACCCUGGUCCCCUUGUCUGGACGUUGAGCAGAACAACGGUCCAGAUGGAUGUGCUUUGUUUUACCGCCAGUCACGCUUUAAUCUCUUGACCACAGCUCACCUACGGCUCUCCGCCAUGAUGCUCCCCACCAACCAGGUGGCCAUUGUCCAGACCUUCAGGUGCCAGAUGACAGGAAGGUGGUUGUGUGUCGCAGUCACACAUCUGAAAGCUCGUAGUGGCUGGGAAAGACUGAGGAGUGCUCAAGGUGCUGACCUGCUGCAAAGCCUGCGAGACAUUACAUCACAAGGUCCCAACCAGAACCAGGACGUUCCAAACACCAUCCCUGUAGUUGUGUGUGGGGACUUCAACGCUGAGCCCUCUGAGGACGUGUACAGGCGCUUCAGCUCCUCCCCUUUAGGCCUGACCUCAGCCUACAGGCUGCUGAGCUCAGAUGGACAGUCGGAGCCGGCCUACACCACGUGGAAGAUCCGCCCCUCCGGAGAGAGCUGCGGUACGCUGGACUACAUUUGGUAUACCCAUGGUGCUUUGAGUGUGGAGAAGCUCCUGGACAUUCCUACAGAGGAGCAGAUCGGUCCAGGCCGCCUCCCCUCGUACCACUACCCGUCUGACCACCUAUCACUGCUGUGUGACAUCAGCUUUAGAGAAGAGCCUCAUAGGCUGAUGUAGACGGCCACUUAGAGGACCUGGAGCUCUUCACACUGAGUAGAAACAUCUAACAGCAGUAGAGCGGAUCCAGGAGCAUCUAGACGGCAUGCCUGACUUCAUGCCAAAUAUCCCAGGAUGCCUUGGUGUUAAGUGACGUUUUCUUCAAACUAGCAUCAGAUUGCUGGUAAACAGGAAGCUGAUGGCGGUCAUUGUUCUCUCAGUUUGCUCCUUAGAUCAUUAUAGGAUCAUAAAUUAUACUUUUAUUCUUCUGAGGGUUUAAUUAAGGUUCAAUGACGGUUCCAAAGUUUUUGUUUUUAAUGUUGGCAUUGCUAUGACAUUAAUAUAGAAAUGUUAAUAAAGUGAGACUUUUCA